GUGUUACUAAAUGCACUGCUGUCGACUAAGACACAGUAAAAUGUAGAAAAACGUCAAAUAUGUGUGUAUUAAUAUAUGCAACAUGUAAUUUAUCAAGCAUAAAACAAUACAGGAAAAUAUUGAGGAAAGUAAAAUAGAACCAGAAAUAUUAUUUGUAGUAUUGGUCGGGUCGCACAUUAACCUAAAUAAAAGUUCUACUUUUCAUAAGAUUAAUCAGAAUUGAACGAGCCAUGAUCUGGGCUGAACGUGUACUUCUCACAAGUGACCACUAGAUGUCAGGCUUGGGUCGCAACGACAAACCUCAUCUACAGAAAGGUUCAGGCAGAGACGCGACUCUGAUGCGCUCUUUCCAGUAAAUCAAACGACUUCAAAAAGAAACGCGUGCAUCACUUAACUAUUUGCUGCUCUUUUGUUUACUUGGUCGUUUAUAAUUACAUUUAGAGUUUACAUUUACAAGACACGGAGGAGCAAUUCAGCAUCAUUUCACCGUAAAAUCACGUUUGAAUGUAAUGUUUCAGUGAACUGCAGUUGCAUCUCAUGCAAAGUGAAUUUUCUCCAACUCGUUUAGCGAAGAACUUUCGUUUGACACGUAAAUUCUAACUUGUUUCCUCUGGCUCAAAUGGCACGGAGGCAUCUUCCCUCAUAACUGUUCUCCGGCUCGUUUGUGUGGGACAUCCUACUGUUUCCUCGCGUCAUCGCUGUGUAGCUGAGGCUCACGUUUCACCGGGUGCCUUUCAUUAUGAACCGUUAGAAUAAGAUGUAAUCGACUGAUCCGGUGGUUCGUGGCGCCGCGCUGCCGCGCGCCUUCUCGUUGCCGUGCGUAAACGGCGAGCGUUAUUUGCGGUGGAACCGGCGGGGCUCCGCGUGCGCACACGGGAUUAAGCGUGCAAGCGAGAGUUGGGGAGAGUGUGGGAGGACUGGAGAGCCCUCCCCCCUCCAAACGCCUCGAUGGAUUCACUCCUUCAUAACCCCAGUCCUCUCCAGCCCUGCGCAGAUGGCAAAGUGUCCAAAUUGGGCUGUGACGCUCUCAAACGCUGACAGGAUGAGAUCAGAGUAGACGCUUAUCUCCUCGUGCGCUGCUUUGGUUCGAGUGUCGUAAAGGUCCAAGCGGCCAACGACCCGCUGGCACAAGUGCGCUCGGCCGCACGUGAGCGCGUGCGUGGCCGCUUCUUGGCGCACUCCACGCUCGCGCGGGUGAUGCCAUGCCGCGAAGUCACACCGGCGAAGACAGCGGCGGAAACGGGAUCUGGCUGAAGACGUCGACGGGACGCCGCGCGCACGACUACGCACUGAAAGAUGUGGAGUCUGGGCACCGGGCGAUGAACAACGCGGCGCGCGUCGGCGAGAGCGCCGCGUCCCCCACCGCGGCAGGUGCGGCCGCGGCGGCGGCGGAGAUGAAGCAGGGCGCGCGGCUCAGCCUGCUGGGGAAGCCGCUCACCUACAGCGCGCAGAGCGGCCGCAGGAACGCGCGCUACCGGCGACUCCAGAACUACCUGUACAACGUGCUGGAGCGGCCGAGGGAGUGGGCUUUCGUCUACCACGCGUUCGUGUUCAUCCUGGUGUUCGGGUGCCUGGUUCUGUCCGUGUUCUCCACCAUCCCAGCUCACCAGGAGUUCUCCUCCCACUGCCUGCUCAUCCUGGAGUUUGUGAUGAUCGUGGUGUUUGGUCUGGAGUACAUCAUCAGGAUAUGGAGCGCCGGCUGCUGCUGCCGGUACCGGGGCUGGCAGGGACGCCUCCGCUUCGCCAGGAAGCCCUUCUGUGUCAUAGACAUCAUUGUGCUCAUCGCCUCCGUUGCUGUGGUUUCCGCCGGUAGCCAGGGCAACAUUUUCGCCACCUCAGCGCUGCGGAGCCUCCGUUUCCUCCAGAUCCUGCGCAUGGUGCGCAUGGACCGGAGGGGCGGGACCUGGAAGCUGCUGGGCUCCGUGGUCUACGCACACAGUAAGGAGCUGGUGACUGCCUGGUACAUCGGCUUCCUCGUGCUCAUAUUCUCCUCCUUCCUGGUGUAUCUGUUGGAGAAGGAGUUCAACAAGGAGUUCGCCACGUACGCUGACGCUCUGUGGUGGGGCACGAUCACCCUGACGACCAUCGGCUACGGGGACAAGACCCCACAGACGUGGACGGGACGCCUGGUGUCUGCCGGCUUCGCUCUGUUGGGGAUCUCCUUCUUCGCUCUGCCUGCUGGCAUCCUGGGGUCAGGCUUUGCCCUCAAGGUGCAGGAGCAGCAUCGACAGAAGCACUUUGAGAAGAGGAGGAACCCAGCUGCCAGCCUCAUCCAGGCGGCUUGGCGUCUGUACUCCACCGACGGUGCUCGUCCCUACCUCAGAGCCACCUGGCACCACUACCACAGCGCCCUCCCCCCCUUCAGUCAGAAGUUGAGUUUCAAGGAGCGCGUGCGGAUGGCGAGUCCGCGCGGUCAGAGCAUGAAGAGCCGGCAGACGUCGAUCAACGAGCGCCAACGCUGUUCCCCCGGCAACGACGUGGGCGGCGCCGACGGGCUGAUGGGCGGGAGUCCGGCCAAGGUGCAGAAGAGCUGGAGCUUCAACGACCGCACGCGCUUCCGGCCGUCGCUGAGGCUGAAGAGCCAGCCUCGCGCCGCCGUGCCUGACGUGGACGCAGGCAUGGCCGCGGAGGACUCCUUCGACGAGAGAGGCUGCCACUGUGACGUCACCGUGGAGGAUCUGUCGGCUCCGCUCAAGGCCGUGAUCCGGGCCGUCAGGAUCAUGAAGUUUCACGUAGCAAAGAAGAAGUUUAAGGAGACACUGCGUCCGUAUGACGUGAAGGACGUCAUAGAGCAGUACUCAGCGGGACAUUUGGACAUGCUCUGUCGGAUCAAGAGCCUCCAGAGCAGACUAGACAGAGUAGUGGGUCCCCCUCCGAGGCCUUUCAGCAGUCGGGCCAAGACCUCUUCGUCUCCUUCCCUGCAUUUAUAUUACAGCCAGGCCUGGAGAAAGCAGUCAGCACCAGGACUGGCCAGUGCUGCAGGCUCUGGUCCCAGCCUGAGUAGCCGACCCCGGAACAUGUCCUCUCCUGCUCUGCACUCUUAUUACAGCAACAGCAAGAAGAAGCUUCCAGACUCAGGGGUGGAUCAGAUCCUGGGGAAAGGUCAGAUACCUGUGGAUAAGAAGAUGAGGGACAAAUUACACCCGGAUGGAGAGUCCAUGGAGGGCAUGAGCAUGCUGGGCCGUGUGUGUAAGGUGGAGAGGCAGGUAACUUCCAUCGAGUCGAAGCUGGACUCUCUGCUCGAUGUUUACCGGCAGGUCCUGCAGAAGGGCCCCUCGGCGCUCACCCUGUCGUCUCUGCCCCUGUUCGAGCUGGACGGCCACCAGCACCAGAACUCUGACUACCCGAGCGCCAUCAUGGGCAGAGAUCUGCCCUCUCCCCAGAGCGAUUCAGCUCGUGUUGGAGGGGACAACGGCGCAGGCCUUCGCCGUUCCCUUAACGCCAACCCGAGAGGCCUGCGACUCAUCCUGGCACCUGCCGACGAUGACGGCCCCCCAGAUUCAGCACCUCCAUCCUACCCCCCAUCCACAGCCUCACUCUCCCCAUCACCCCUCCUGCCCCCCGAUAGCCCCUACCCAACCCUGGUUACCCCCAACGGAACCUCCAAAAGGGCACACUUCCCUGAUUUGCCACCUCCACCUUCCUCAGCGGGGGCUUUCACCCUGCAGCUGCCCCCCAUGGUGCACCCAUCCCACCUCCGAUGCUCCACUGAGCCCAGCCCAGAUGACGGGGCAGAUGGAGGACUGGCUGAUGAGGGCACACUGAGCCCCUCUGUUGUUGUGGGAUCCGAUGUGGAUGCAGACGGGGAAGGGGACAGCGAGGCUGUGUCUGUCCAGGAAGGGCUGCAGCUGCGGAAGAGGCCUGAGUUGAAAUCUAAGGAGGUCUGGAGGAGGCACUCCAGCCUGGAGGUCAACCCCCUGCUGCUGCUCCCUGAUGACGGGCCUUCAGACUGGGAAGGCGGUUUCGGGAAAUCUCUCUCUGCGCACAACCUCAGUCAGCCUCUGAGCCACCGCGCCCCCGCCCUCUCCUCCGUGCUCAACAACAGCAGCAGCAGCAACGAUAGCGAACCUGGCACCGGCCGCGGUGAACUUAGCGGCUGGGACGGCACGGCUCUCUUCAUCAAUGAGUGCAAGCUGGAGGCGGCAGAGGAACGCUUCAGCUUCCUGUCCCAGGGGCCCGACGGCAGCGCUUCAGACCUUUUACAGGCUGCUGACGAGGCUGAGCUUCAUCCUAAGGGAACCGCUGAGUUUCUCAGUCAGCCGCCACACGUACAGCUGGCAUAGGCAACAUGCUCAGUUACUGCACCUGCUGCAGGUACACUCACUUCCUGCACAGGGAUUUUUACAGAAUACGACACCAAGCAUGUUCAAAGUUGUGCAGUUUAAAUGCUUUGUGUAUGGACAGUGUUUUGACUUGACUGUGUCAACAUGUGCUUUUUUAUGUGGUACAUGUUGGAUGACCAUGUACGAACAGAGAUCAAAAUGAUAAAAUGUGCCUCCAAGUGGUCACAGAUAUGUAACAGUUUACAUCAACAAAUGCUUUGUUAGGAGAAACGGAGUCGCCCCUAAUAUAAAAAUACAAUGUUGGGAAAAACUCAUUUCCAUGAAUGUGCCACUCAAAGUGUUGACUCUGGAUUAUCUGCAGAUGUUGUUCAGGCUGCAUCGGCCAAUUCGACUGCGAUCAAACCAACAAAGACGUCAAGUUCAUAUUAUGAAUGUUCAGUAGGUGUUAAACAGCGCCAGCAACCCGCUUGUUCUGCCGCCGCUGCAUUAGACGCUGUUGCCUGUAUGGAUGAUGAGCGUCUUGGUUGGCUAAGGCUGCUCAGCUGCUCCGGUCUGUGACGGUCCCUCACUCUCUGCUCCUCGCUCGACCCACACGCUGUUCUGGUCUUCACGUUGAAUGACAUCCCAAGUUUCUUAAAUCAGCGUUGAGUCGUAAAUGCAGAUGCAAGUAGAUAUGAAAUUCCACAUAGUGGUUCUAAAGAUCUGAGCACAAAAAAUGGAAACAUUUCAAUGUACAGACAAAAUGGAAAAGAAUAUAAGGGUGCUGUUACAGCACGAGUACUGGGAUCCACCUCCUGAACAACUCACGUCUACCUUUACCUUUACCGACCCACACCCGGACCUUUUAUUAUGAGUUGGUAUUGACAUUGUUGCUUCAUUUUGUUUGUUGGGAAGCAAAGCAGUAAUCUGCAAUUGCUGAAGUCAAGUUUUGGGUCUGUGAGUUGCUAGUGGUGAAGUUACAGCAGGAUUAUCAGGGAUACACAAGCCUCGCAUGAGAUGCUGCACACACACGGGCGAGAGCAGCCACAAGCUUGAAUUAUCGUCCUGUGCUCUUCUGCAUGUUCCUCCAACAACACAGUACGAACAAAGUCAAAGUCAAACAAAACACCAACCUAAACUCAUUUUAUAAUUGUUAAAACCCCAUUUACUGCUAUUAGGUUUUAUGAAAAUCGUACAACCUGAAUGUCACUAGUUCUGUUUUGACAAGCCCAACUUUCAAACUGGGUGCUGGUUGCACAAUGUACAUUAAUAAUCCCCCACUAGAGCAAAUGUGCAACGCACCCACUGAAUUCAAACACUGCUCAUUAGUCAGUAUACAUGUUGCCUUAUCCAUGAGUCAACUUCAUUAAAAUGUGACCUGUUGAUGUAAAUCUACCACGCAGUUUCUGGAAUUGCAGCAGUUUUAUUUUCUUAUUCAGAGCGAAAUGCUCAAGGACAGUUUAGAAUGGGGUGAAAUAUGUGCACAUGAUUUGCCUAUAACACUGAAAGGCUGGCUAAUGUACUGUAUGGCCAGAGUUUAAAUGGCUCUGGAUGCAUUUAUAUUUUGAAGCAUCCAAGUCCAGUAGAUUUCAGGUUGUGUAGCUGUCUGACUUAUAAAAACAACAUUUUCAGCAGCAGGUGUCAUAAAUGAGAUGGUUUCAUUGUUUUCAUUGCUGUCCUCUUGUUCAUGGGUCGACUGCUCGCGAAUGUGAAUUAUGCACAAAACUAUGUCAGCCAUCUUAAUGUUUAUUAUCCACUUUGAUUUGUUUUUGCACGCCUUAUCUGUACUGUUUGUUGUCACUGCCGAUUUACAAAAGCAUUUUAAUAUGUAAAUGCCACCAUUUAUUCCUUAAGUUGUAGUAUUCUUUUUGUUUUCUAUGGUAUCUAGUUUUUUUAGCAAAUUAACAUUCAGUAGUAAAAUAUAACAGGGUUUACCUUCUAACAUCUGUAAACUGAUUUUGAACUAUGUUGCAGCCUAUGAAGGAGUUGUUCUAUAUGUUGAUUGUCAAUAUGAAAGUGCAGUUGUUGUUUGUCACUUCAAGGAGCCUGAAAAUGUGAUGUUAGUUCGGAGUAGGUUUGUGAGGAUUGAUUAGGUUUUGCUACAUGAGGCCGGACAAACAUGUAACUUAGCUAGAAAAACCCAGAGGAUCCUGAACAGUUGGGUCAUAUCAUUCUAAUCCCCUUGUUUCUAUCGGUUUGCUAAUAAAGGGUGCGUUUGACACCUGAAAAGCCUUUUUACCCCAGACUAUCGUUUGCCAUGAGUCCAGCUGUGUCCAGUAUGAAACAGCUGUGGCCCCUGAUCAUUGUGGGUUGGCAUGAAGUUCACUUUACAGCUUUAGCCACAGACCUUCAAUGGCUGUGAUGGCCAAGAACACCAUUUCUCUACUGCUUGAACUGUAAUUUAUUACACACCUAGCCUUAAAGCUUGAUGAUGUUAACAUAACUGUUUCUUUGAAAUUAAUUUAUUAAAGUGCACAUCAUGUUCUCUGGAUGAGAAGUGAAAAAAUAAUUUUAUUAUUCAUGAAUAAAGGAUAAAUUAACUGAA